AGCCGAGAACACGUGGCAGCAACCACCAAAUUCCUGAUGUCCUUGGUGCCGAGGACAUGUGGCACUCCUGAUGACUUCGGUGUCGAGGACACGUGGCAGCACCUCAAGUCUCUGAUGUCCUUGAUGCCGAAAACACAUGGCAACACCACAAGCACCUCAUUACCUCGGCGUCAAGGACACAUGACAACACCCUCCAAGUUCUUGAUGUCCUUGGAACCAAGGACACGUGUCAAAAUUUCAAGCAAUGGUGACCUUGAUGCUAAGGACACAUGUCAAUCUUUGGUGGAGUCUCAGGAGUUUCCCAUCAGGUAG